UGGCUUACGUCACCCGUUGGGAAUGCAUAGAGAACGGAGGCUCACUGCAGCCAGCAGGCCUCUUCUUCUGGAUCCCCGGUGAAAGUAGGUUAACGCCGUCAAGGAGCGUAAAAAACAGCAAAAGGUCUCAUACUCUGGGACAACUUUUUUGCAAGGUUUCAUGGCAGCCAAACGUCGUGCUGUCGUGCGCCAUUACUGGUGAAUCCUGCCAUGUCUGGUCCCACCUGGCUGCCACCGAGGACUCUGAACAGUCCAGAGCGAGCCGUCCCCCAGAUGUCCCACUCUGCAGGCUCGGUCAUUUACCGAGCACCCAACAAGAAGAGUGCGCCUGACUUUCGGCCAAAAUACAACACUUAUGACCAGAACGGAGGAGGAGGUGGGAUCGCCACUAGGUACAUGGCUACAGGACCUACAGGCGGUCCUGGUCAUCAUUUGCCUGGUGAUCUGUACUAUUCCCAUCCACAUGGGCCCAAAGAAGAGCGCAACUGGAGCCCUCAUGUGGACGGUUACGAGCUCCCACACCGCGGCCCAGACAAGCCAGUGAGCCAUCACUCCAAAAUUGACGCUGAUAUCGACUCCCUCACCUCCAUGCUGGCCGACCUCGACAGUCACCCCCAUGACUCCAGCACACAACUGUACGACAACGUGCCUUACAACAAAUACCUCUCAGGGGGUCACUACAAACCUGCGCACCACAAUGCAGCUCCACCUCAGAGCCGGCCUGCCUCUGAGUACCCUCCCCACCCCCAAAACCAGUACCACCCGCCGUCCCCUUACGCUGAGCAGCACACAUCUCAGUACUCCGCAUCCCACCAGCAGGACUACUACACCUCAUCCACACCAAAAUCGUACCCCCAGCCCGUGCCGGCCUCCUACACAACGGCCUCCACCCCCACAGGACCAAGGUUCAGCGUGCAGGUCAAGACCGCCCAGCCCGUCACCUACUCUCAGACUGGGAGGCAGGCGGAGCAGGCCUACACACCGCCACCUCCUCGCCAGCACGUGCCACGCCCCCCACCUCAGACCAGCCCCCAGGAUUGGUACCCUCAGCACCCGGGAUUGCAGGAGAGCCACCCUGAGGUGGGCUACAAGGGGAGUGGAUCAGGAGGAAGGGGCAACCAGAUGGUCUUGCCGAAGAGAGGGAUGGAAAAUAAUCAAGCAGGGGCUGCACAGAGUUUUUCUUAUCAGUCCAGCAAGCAGGUGGCAGCACCCACAAGACCAGAGGAGGAGUUGGACCGCCUCACCAAGAAGCUGGUGUACGAUAUGAACCACCCCCCUGCAGAGGAUUAUUUUGGACGCUGCGCCCGCUGUGGCGACAAUGUGGUUGGCGACGGCAGCGGCUGCAUCGCCAUGGAGCAAGUGUUCCACGUGGAGUGCUUCACCUGCAUCACCUGCCAUGCCCGCUUGCGAGGACAGCCCUUCUACGCUCUGGACAAGAAGAGCUACUGUGAGACUUGCUACAUUAGUACACUAGAGCGAUGCUCAAAGUGUUCCAAGCCCAUCUUGGACCGCAUCCUGCGUGCCAUGGGAAAGGCGUACCAUCCUCGCUGUUUUACAUGCGUGGUGUGUAACUGCUGCUUGGACGGUGUGCCCUUCACCGUGGAUGCCACCUCGCAGAUACACUGCAUUGAUGACUUUCACAGUACGCACCUCGUUGUUCUGUGUGUGGCGAGCCCAUCAUGCCAGAAGCGGGUCAGGAGGAGACGGUCAGGAUCGUGGCUCUGGACCGCAGCUUCCACGUCAACUGUUAUGUCUGCGAGGAAUGCGGCCUCCUGCUGUCCUCUGAGGGCGAAGGCCGUGGCUGCUACCCGCUGGAUGGCCACAUCUUGUGCAAGAGCUGCAGUGCUCGACGUAUCCAGGAUCUCUCAGCCAAAAUCUCCACAGACUGCUGACCAAUGCGCUGUUGCUAAAAGAAAACAAAAAACACCCAUCAUCACAUUGGCACAUCACACAGCUUUAACGCCCCCCUCCCUCCUUGAUUGUGUUAUAUUUGCUAGUGUGACAAGUAAGAUGUUUAUGUUACUGAUCCAAAUGAGAGGUUGUCUUAUUGUGGAGUGACUGCAUCUUUUUUUUUUUUAAGCAUGUUUUUGUCCAACAUUUACACAAGAAGCUCCACCCACCACACAGGUACUAUUUACAGCAACUUGCACACAUUUUUUUCAUACUGAAGGAUGACCGAGAAAUGUGUCAGAUAUUGCCUCAAACCAGUGCAACAAUAACUGUGACUCGCCGCUCUUUUGUAGCCUCAUGGAAGUGUGGACGAACGGAAUGUUUAGCCGUUGUGAAAUGUGUACAAUGCAGCUUUUGGACUGUUACUCAGAAGAUGACGGUGCAAUGAAGUCAGCCGUGAAGGAAAACAGGGUGAAAACAUCACGAGCGAAUUGGAAGACUUUUAUUUUUGUGCCACUCGGGAAAACAAUGCAAAGCAAUGAAAGGCAGAUCAUUGAAUGUCGUCGUUUGUGAUACAACCCUAUUUGUGUAUUCUUGCACUCGUUACCUUUUUCAGCUACAGUAUUUGUUUAACCUCCGUCCCUGUUUUUUGUCUAUUUGUGUCCCAAAGGGCUAAAAUAUGUACAGCAAACCUCACCUGAAGAAUGUUAACUUUUUUUUUUUUUUUUUUUUAAAGCUUCAGUUGCAUUUUUCAUCUCAUGUGAAAUCAUUUCAUUUUUAGUUUUAAAUGUUUUGUCCAGUUGCACAAUCAGCCAUGUAGCUUUGCUGACGUCCUCUCUUUGUUUCCCUUUUAUCAAUUUGAAAAGCUGUGAAGUUGAACUUGUGGUAACCUCCCAGGCGUUUUGCUGUGAGGAGGCGACCAUUUUUUGUGCCGAAUAAUAAUAAAACAAACGUUGAAAGCA